GUGUUCUAUUUAAAGAUCAUUUACUCCAAAACAAAACAAAAUCAUUUCUUCCAGAGGCACAAAUACGCGGGUGCUGGUUGUUUUGAGGAAACUGAUGAACAUCGAGCAAAGACUCUGUCGUUUUUCGAUCCGGAGAACAUUCGUACGUGUAGUAUUCGACGAAGUUUAUUUGAAAUUGAAAGGCGUUGCAGAUGCUCAAUGCGUCGAGCUUAUACUCCAAAUCCAGGGGGCUACCAGUUUUGUAACGUGGAGCAAUAUUUCAAUUGUGUAUUGCCUACUCUGCAACUGGGUAAGAAGAAGACUUUCGAUCAAUUUCAAUGCAUUCCACUGUGUGAUCAAAUCGAUUAUACGGCUUGGCAAGAUAUGACGUUACUUCCGAACAAUAUUUUUCCGUCGCUGAUUGAAACAGUGGAUGAGGAGGACGCGGAUGAUGUCAUCGACGACUAUGAUGCUGAAAAUGAUGCGAGCUUACUUGAAUUUCAACGGGACGAGCAUUUUCAGUGCGAGGAAAAUCAAUUGCUUGAUCCUCAGCAGGCACCUUUUACUGCUUCUCUUUGCCCACAGCACAAAAGUGUUCACAGCAUCAAACGUUCUGCUCAGCGUGCUUAUGAAAAACAGUCUCGAUAUCAGGAUGACAUCCAGCUGCGAACAAAACGGCUAAUCCUGAAGCUGCGUGAAUCAACACAAAAGUUAAUAGAUAAUGGCUGGGGUUGGACUGAUGACACGUAUCGCGAUGUAUUCGAGAGACUGAACAGAUCGGUCAGUUGCUUUAAUCAAAUGCCUAUAACGCAUGCGGAAAUGUUUACCGCAACUGAGAAUCCGCCAACAGUCACCGAAGAAGCACGGAUUGCUAAUCUAUUUCGGCUUAUUUUUCCUGGAGAAGAUAUUAGUGGAGCAAAACGAUUCGAAACUGUGGCUCAGCUAAGAGAAGCAACUAGCGAUCGCUUUGAUGAAGUUGUGAAAGAGAUGCAACGACUGAGCAAUAUGGUGAUAAAACUUUCGAAGAUUUACGAUCCAGGUUCAUACAAAUCAUCGCUGGGAGUGAAUCUGCAACGAAUGGAUUCAAUUUUGGGUUUGGUCACACAGUAUGAAACGGGUAGACUGCAGAGACGUGCGUGGGCCGAAAAAAUGCAAUCCCGAAAUAUGCGCCAUUUCUUCGACCAGGAUUUCUUUGAGAUGGGUGCCAUGCUAUAUUUCGGUGAUUUAUCGCAACAAAAUAUGAAAAAGUUUGGAGCAUUUGCCCAAGAUAUUGUCGACUGUACAUUUGGUGAUGUGAAAAAUGAAAGUGUUGAAUUGCUGAAUUCUUUCAAGAAAGUAAUGCAUGAGUUCCAGGUUAAAUUAAUGCUGGAUUUUUUUUUGUGA